AUGGUUUCCGUACAAAAUAUAUUUAUUACAGGGGAUAUAUUUGGUCCAGCUAUUGAUAAUGUGGCUCCAAAUAGUGAAAUGUACUAUGACAUUAUGGAGGUUACUAAGAGAUUUGGUACCGACCCAGAUAAUUGGCCAACCGAUGCUAAAGAUACAAUAGCAGAUAUAAAGAGCGAUCUUACCGAAGCAGCCCACAAACGUAAAUUGUUUAAAAGUUUGACGUCUGGAGUGCAAGGGAAUACACAGCCUGGUGGCUCUGUUAGAAGUCCUGCAUCAUCACCAUCAUCCGUCAAGGCAAGACGUCCACCCAAACCAACCAUCCUCGAGACAGUAGAAACUUAUUUUAAAAGUAACCAACAACAAAAUUCCGCAACUCAACCUAAAAAAUCCCUCCUGGAUAAACUAAUAAAUCAGUUUAAAGCUCAGCCCGCUGCCCCCCCUACUGCCAGUACUAGUAAUACAUUCCCUGUACUUCCUGUAGUUCAUGUUCAAUCUCAUCCAAGCGUCCAAGCACAAACUGGUCCAGUUGUCAGAACCCAAGGUCCUAAUUACUCUUAUAAUCAAAGGAACGAAGUCUCAUUUGAAAGUUUGCCGUCUCCGAUCAGUCAAAUCCCGGCAUCUGGACCAUCGCGUUACACGAACUACAAUUUUCCCUACGGUUUAAAUAAUAUGAGGGAACUAUCGCAACCCGUUUACCAACCAAUACCCACCAAUCUGGAUCAAACAUUCUACAACCCUUCGCAAAUAGUGCCUCAAAAUAUCGGUAACGUGAGAACAUCCAACGCUGCUUCAGCUGUACAGCUCACGAUUACCAACUCCAACUCACCUACAUAUAAUGCAUAUUCUCAGCAGUCUCAGCCCUCGAAUUAUUAUAAACCAGCAUUAGAAUCUAUGGCUAACAGUAUUCCGCCUCUAGCUUUUAACUGGGGUCGCACACCACCCCAAUUUGAUAACCAGAAUCCACCACCAAGACAAUCUUCUUUAGCACAAUAUUGGUCGCCACAAAUUCAACCAAGAUCACAGAAUCAACAACCAUCACCAGCACCAUUGCCUUCAGCACCAUUACCUUCAAGGCCGAUCUUCUCCAAGAUCAACUGGGAUAAGUAA